AUGGAACAAUGCAAUUUCAACGGGGGCAUCAGCAGCAGCAAGGUGACGGUGCUGGGUUAUGGCCUGCUCACCACUGACGCACGCCCCUUAGUGGAGGCUCUGAGCAGGCAACGAUUUAAUGUGAUCGUGGUCGACGAGUCUCAUUACCUCAAAUCUAGGAACGCAGCAAGGACCAAGAUCCUGGUCCCUCUCAUUCAGAGUGCAAAGCGGGCCAUCCUUCUCACCGGUACCCCUGCUCUGGGUCGACCCGAAGAGCUUUUUAUGCAGAUUGAUGCCCUCUAUCCCAGGAGGUUUGGAACGUGGACAGACUACGCCAAGAAAUACUGCAACGCCCAUUACAGGUAUUUUGGGCCUCGCAGACAGUGGGACUGUCGCGGGGCGUCCAACCUGACGGAGCUGCACCAGCGGCUGAGCCAGAUCAUGAUCCGUCGCCUCAAAGCCGAAGUCCUGACUCAGCUGCCUCCUAAAAUUCGUCAGCGGAUCCCCUUCGACUUGCCCAAGGAGGCCUCCAAGGAGGCCUCGGCCAGUUUCGCGGAGUGGGAGAGGCUGAUGAAGGGACUGGGGUCAGGGGUCGCCGCUACAGAAAACCCCUUCACAGAGGUCAUGAGCCUGGUGACACAGAUGUACAAACAAACAGCUAUUGCCAAGGCGGGAGCGGUGAAGGACUACAUCAAGAUGAUGCUGGAGGCAGAGCAGCUGAAGUUCUUGGUGUUCGCCCACCACCUCACCAUGCUGCAAGCCUGCACUGAAGCCGCCAUCGAGGCCAAGGCGGGUUACAUCCGAAUCGAUGGCCGUGUGCCCUCAUCGGAACGAAUCAAGUUAGUCCACAAAUUCCAGAACGAACCGGACACCAGAGUGGCCAUCCUCAGCAUCCAAGCAGCCGGACAGGGUUUGACCUUCACUGCUGCCAGCCAUGUGGUGUUCGCCGAGCUCUACUGGAACCCCGGACACAUGAAGCAGGCGGAAGACCGCGCUCACCGCAUCGGGCAGACAUCCUCUGUCAACGUGCACUACCUCAUUGCCAAGGGCACCUUUGACACCGUCAUGUGGUCCAUGCUCAACAGGAAGGAAACAGUUACCGGUAGCACCCUGAACGGCAGGAAGGAAUACCUGAAGGCUGAUGAGGGUGACAAGGACAAGUGGGAGUUCCUCAGCUUUGCCAAUGCUUGGACUCCAAGUGAGAUGACGCUACCGCUGGAGGGAAACACAGGAAAUGUCAGAGAUGACAUUUUCUUCACCCAUUUUGAGAAAGAGAAGCAACACGACAUCCGCUCGUUCUUCUCGCCAAGUGCCAGCAAGGAGAAGAAGAGGAAGAGAACAGGCGACGAGGAGCCGAUGGAGCCAGCUGAACCGGCUGGUAACGGGGCCGACUCUGAAAGCCCGCCCUCUGAAAAAGUCGACCAGGAUUUUUCACCUCAGCUGAAGAAGCUUCGGACGCCCAAGUCCAGCCCGUGCCCCGGGCCUCGAUUCGCUGGGAAACGUAGGUCCACCCUUGGACUGAGCAGCCCAGGAAGUCUGAGCCCAUUCAUCCCCACUAAGCUUCCACAACUAGAUCCUCCGUCGACCUGGAGCUGCGGGGCCUGCACCUACUCCAACAGCGGCCUGCUGCCUUACUGCGAGAUGUGCGAGUUCCCACGCUCAUCUUCUGCGGUCAAACCAG